AUAACUUGUGACCUGUUGACCUAUAUGCACAAAGCACAGACCUUUCACUUCAAAUUUUGGCUAAUUUAAGGUGACUUUCUGUGCCAUAGCUAUUGAUUUCUCUUAAUUUACCCCUUCUCAUUUCUUCUCCACAGGCUUUCCUUGUUAUCAGAUAGUGAAGUGCUCCACUCUCAAGCUCCUUUAUGGAUGAUCCUGGGAAGGACCUCAAUUGAUCUCUUGGACAGACAAAGGAAUUGAAAUGGAUCCAUCUUGCAGCCACACUACUGUAGCACGGACUCUGCAGAGCCUUUUCACACAGAUGUUCUCCCUCGGGCAGUGGAGAGGGGGGAUGGUGAUCAAAAUGGAAGCUUCUGGAAUGAUAGCGCAAAGCCACUCAGUCUGGGGCGGAAUGGCACCUACUCUGUAGGACUUCCAUGGGGACUCUCACCUGCCCACAGCGAUGCUUGCUGCUCUUUGCCGUUCUGUUUUCUUCCUUUACCUCUGUGAAAAUUCAUGUAACACAUAUGCACGCUCAUGUAAAACAUAUGCACGUUUAAGGACUUCCUCUGGAUCUUUCUGGACCAGUUUUUGUUGAGUUUCCCUCAUCCACUGGACCCAAGUGUGUGGACACUCAUGCUGCCCAUGGACCACGGCCAGGCCAACCAGUACCUUUCGCUGUAACUCUUCCUGUGACUCAUUCCUCGAGGGGUGCGGGGUACAAACCCAAUGGCAUGGGUGAAACUCUUCAAGAAGCAGGGUGGCAGUCUGGGGAAGACGUACCAGCCUGGCAGCAUGCUCUCCCUGGCCCUCACCAAAGGCCUGCUGAAUGAGCCGGGCCAGAACAGCUGUUUCCUCAACAGUGCUGUACAGGUGUUAUGGCAACUGGACAUCUUUAGGAGAAGUCUGAGGCAGCUAUCAGGGCAUUUCUGUCUAGGUGAUGCCUGCAUUUUCUGUGCUCUUAAGAGUAUUUUCAGUCAGUUCCAGCAGAGUCGUGAGCGGGCGUUGCCGUCGGAUACGCUGCGCCACGCCCUGGCUGAGACGUUUAAGGACGAGCAACGCUUUCAGCUGGGCCUGAUGGAUGAUGCCGCCGAGUGCUUUGAAAACAUUCUUGAGCGAAUCCAUCUGCACAUUGUGGCAAACACCGCUACUGAGGUCUGCACCUCCAAAUCCUGCAUCACGCAUCAGAAGUUUGCUAUGACGUUGUACGAGCAGUUUGUGUGUCGAAGCUGUGGCGCCUCUUCCGACCCUCUUCCUUUCACAGAGUUGGUUCAUUAUGUCUCCACAACAGCACUCUGCCAACAGGUGGAGAAAAUCCUGGAGAAGAGUGACAGACUGAGAGCAGAUAUGUUUGGGGAACUCUUGCAGGCAGCGAACACUAUGGGUGACCUCCGAAACUGUCCUAGCAACUGUGGCCAAAGUAUAAAGAUUCGCCGUGUGCUCAUGAACUGCCCAGAAAUAGUCACUAUCGGGUUUGUGUGGGAUGCCGAGCAGUCUGACCUCACAGAAGAUGUCAUCAGGUCACUGGGUCCACACCUAAACCUCUCGGGGCUUUUCUACCGGGUCACGGAUGAGAAUGCCAAAAGGUGUGACCUUCACCUGGUGGGAAUGAUCUGCUACUCCAGUCGCCACUAUUCCGCUUUUGCCUAUCACAGCAAGUCUUCCAAAUGGGUGUUUUUCGAUGAUGCUACAGUAAAAGAGAUUGGAUCCAAGUGGAAAGAUGUAGCCUCCAAAUGCAUGCGGGGCCACUUCCAGCCUCUCCUGCUGUUCUAUGCCAACCCAGAGGGGAGUCCCAUCUCCAAUGAGGAUGCCCCCAGACAGACCACCAUGUGGUCCCGCUUUAAGUCUCCCAUCAAUGGGGAAGUUUCAGUGACGGACGGUCCUCAUUCGGGGUCGAAGAAGCUUGACGGAGCGAGGGACAGUGCUCCUCUGCGCACUGGACAGAGCUCCCAUAAGUCCACACAGCAGACGGCACCUAACUCAGGCUACAGUAGACUCAAAGCUGCCCCUGGCAGUCCAAGCCGAUUGCGUGAGUCUUCCAGGGAGAGUGCACAGCGAGGAGGGGAGGUGCAGAAGAAGGAGAGCGAGAGGGCCCAUCGGAGACCAGACUCUUUGCAGCACCGAGAUAUGACAUAUCCUAGGGCCACGUCACCCCCAGAAAAUGGCCUGCGGUCUCACCCAGACCAGCGGAUGCGUUCGUCUCAAGGCCGGGGCUCCGUGCGGCAGGACCGCUCCUCCCUCCAUCCCCAGCGCUCGCCCCAGGAGUCCCGCCCUCACUCCCACCCCACUGCCCACAGCGGUGCCACUCGGAGGCAGGAGACCCGCGAGACGGACCCGCAGCAGGAGCGAGGAGGAGGAGGAGGAGGAGGAGGAGGAGGAGGAGGAGGAGGGGGGAAGCCGCGUGCUCCGUCCUGGCGACCGGUGCGCGAGGUCCUGAAUGUGGACAGUGUGUUCAGUGAGUUGGAGCUGCGGCAGCAGGGCAGCCCGCGUUGCACCCGCUCCCAGGGCCAGCAGAGGGCACCACUGCCCGAGCGCAAGCAGAAGGGCCUGAUGACCAUCUACGAGGACGAAGGCCGCCACGACAGCGAGAGCCGCAGCUCCCAGGACUCACAGCAGCACGCCGCACGCUCCAAGGGGGGCACCAACGCGCCCCUGCGUGCCGACAACUGGACCAUCCAGCGCACGGAGUCGGGCUAUGAGAGCAGUGACCGACUUAGCAGCGGCUCCACCAACCCAGACUCGCCAGGCGUGGAGAACUUGGCUGGAAAGGAGCUGAAGCUGGCGCAGGACACGCCUCCGCUCAGGGGUCAGGUUCACCACAACAGAGGCGAGAUGACGAAUGACCCCACUCCUUCUCCACUGUACCAUAGUAAACAUCUGCUGAAAUCUCAGGGAAAGAAUUCAGAUCAUCUGGUGAAAUGCAGUCCUAGUUCCAGAAGGAAGCUCAGAUAUUCCUCCAGCAGCUCAAAGAAAGGUGGCACCUCAGAACGGGAUCCCAUGCCCUCCAACUCUAGACAUGAACAGGAGGAUUUGUCCCUCCGGGGCCACCGUUCAGACAGCCCGCCACCUAGACACCUGGGUAAAGUGAGCAGUUCCGAGUGCAACAGCUCGGACGAACUGACCAACCCGCUCUCCGAGCAGGAGGACAGCGCGUACCGCUCCAGCACCAGUGAGACUGCUCUGGCCGAAUCCCCCCGGCCCCCCUACGCGCCCGCCACCCAGCUCCCGUCCCCCCGACAGGAGUCUCCACUGGCGACACCCCCCAUCCGCGCCAAGCAUGCUGCAGCUGCUGCGCGCCAAGGGGAGGGGCGCACACCCCCAUUCCGACCGCGUCUGCUGCAGGAGCCCUCUCAGACGAGCCCGCGACCCUUGACCCGCAGCGCUCCCGCCUCCGCCUCCACCUCUGUCUCCCACCGGAGGACGGAGCCCGGCGGCACCCGCACGCCCUCCUCAGACGUCAGCUCAAAGUCAGGCUCGGACCAGGAGCGCAGCGAUGGAGGUGCAGGGGAGGGGGAGGAGAGGGGCCGCGGCUCGGAACGCAGCAGCAGCGGCGGAGGCAGUGGCGGCCCUCAGGGGACGGGGGUCACGCUGACCACGUAUUUCUCGGUGGAUAACUGCAUGACGGACAUGUACCGGCUCAAGUACCACCACCAGAGGCCCCUGCUGCUGUCUGUGGCCGAGCCCAGGCCCGUGGGGAGAGGAGGAGGAGAGCACCGGGAGGUGGGCCACCCCAACGAGACGCAGGGCGCCUCAGAGCCCAGCAGGAGCAGAGCUGACCUGGGCUAUGCAAGCAGUAAGCCCACAGCAAAAUGGAACCCAGUGACUCCAAAAGGACUGGAUGAGCAUGGCUUUUUGUGAUGAAUGUUGCAGUAUUGGGUCUAAUAUGGAGGGGAAGUCUUGAGAUGGAUGCCAAAGAACACUUGUGGGAAAUAGAUCCUAAAACCUCAGAUAAAAGGAACAUUGCCAAAUCGUUAACCUGGUUAUUGUGUACAUAUAAACAAACUAUGUAAGCCAUAAAUGUAGUGGAAGCUGAAUGAUCCCUCCUCUGUUCAGCUCUGGUGUGGAGUCGUUCCCUCAGACGGCCACCAGAGGUCAGUAUGCACCUUUACUUCUUGCACCUAUACUCCUCUUCGCUUGCUAACAUGGUUGGCUAAUUUCUAUGCUUUAACUCAAGUGGUACAAAUAAUGUAUGAAAUACCUUUGCAUAAGGCUUGUCUAAAAGAUGAGUCUAAAUAUUAUUUGUUCCCUCAAGCUUUACUGUUAUGUUGUAUUUUCUUUCAAUGUGGAGUUUGUACAUACUUGUCAGAUGUUUAUUUAUGGAGUGCCUUUCCAAGUUUUUUCAUGAAUAGAUAUUAUUCAUGAGUCAUGAACAAUGUUGUAAAAUGAUGUCCACUUCUAUAUUUUUGGAGAUGCCUAUGCAUUUAUUUUUAUUCUUUGUUUAAUAAACUUCAUUCAAACAUGA